AUGGGCGCUAGACAUGUUGCAGCGGCAGCAUACAUUGCCCAAUGGGUCAACUUUGAGGAACAGUGGUGCAAGCACGUUCAGUUCGAACAACAAUACAACAUCGGUACAACCCAGGAACGAGCCAGUCCAGAUAUUGACGUUACGACAGGAAGAGCGGCCCCACUUCAGCCAGUACCAAAGGGUGGAUCAUCAUCAGAACCUGCAACUGCCGAUCAGAUGCAAAAGCAAGAAGAGCAAGAGGAAGCAGCAGCAGAAGACACAGCUGACGAAAGCGACAGCUCAGACCAAUUCUUUAGACGAAGCAGUAUUCGCGCGGUUAAUUUUAAUCCUUCGGCAACAAGCUUAGACAAACCCAAGACCUCCGGAGCUUAUGCGCGCUCCUGGUGCACUGUAAGUAGCCAAGAAGAUCGACUUAAAGUAGGCGACAGCGAAGAUAAUCUCGAUCCAAAGGGCAAAAGACCAAUCCUGCAACGGCUACGGUCAUUCGAACGAGAACCACCGUUCAGCAGCUUACGACCGGGAAAGGAUGCAAGUUCACGCAAAAGCACCAAAUCUCCUAAUAGUAGCAGCGGUAGCGCAGAAAAGUUUGUUUUGACAGUUACGGAUACAGGCGGUGGUGCCGAACACAAGGAGAUUUAUCCAAUUCAUCCUGCUGAAACGAAACCAGGAGACCAUGACCCACAGCAGCAGCACUUGAGUGGAUCUCGGCCACGUCUCUUUCGCCGCGUAUCGGACUUGUCAUCACAGCCAUGGUCAAAAGACAAAUCCAUAUUUCAGCACGUUUGGAGCCGAGGUGCGUCGCCAUCAAAAAGCAUAAAAAUUGCCAAACAAUUUGCCGGACGGGUUGGCGAUACCUCGCUUGUCAAGUCAAUAAAUCGACAUAGCACAUCGCCAGUGUCGGAUGAUCUGUUAGACAGCUUGUCACCACCACGCUCUAUUCCCGUUUCCUCAGCAAGUCCAGAGAGUAUCCAUAGCCAGAUUUAUGCAUGUCCCUUGGAUGCAAGACCACAGAAGCACCGUACAGCCAAACGGCGUAGUUACUCCUUGAACGUACCACCGACACAAUUGCAAUCUUCGAUGGCAAAGGAGUUGAUGUUAGACGACUUUGGUAUAAAACAUUGGGUCGAACCUGGCUUAGAGAGCACCCAACUGAGCGAAAAGAGUCAAGAGGUCAUAAGAUGCGCAUUGAUGACCACUGAAGGGUUUACUGCAGGCUCGGCCCGGGUCAUUUAUAUACGUGGCUGGGACCAGAUUGGCACGGAUCGUCUGGUUGUGCGAGAAGAAUCAUGGGAUAUUGAUGAUUUACUACAAAAUCUUAUGAGAUAUCUGUAG